AUGCCGGAAAAGAACUCGGAGGAGUGGCUGAAUAUCCAAGCUGAUCGCGCGCUCUCACGGUGGAUGCAAAUUUGGCGGCCUCUGUUCCAAAACUUCGCGGCGAUAUCCUUGAACCUCGCAAAUCAUCCGAAAGAUAGAGUUAUGACUCAUUGUAUGAAGCUCCUUGUUGUGCGACGGCCAGGGGAAAAUGAUACCGUAAAACAAUAUCAGGUCGUUGAGGCGACUGUGGCCCGCUUCACAGACAUUGUAGCUGAACUGGGUGAAGACGUGAAUACUCCCAUCGAUCCAACUGACUACACGCGCAUUCGAUUCGUUCUCAUACUUCUCGAUAAUGAGGGAUACAUGGAACGCAUGCGCCUCGUGCAGUGGAAUGAUCCGAACUUAGAUUUCUUCAGAAAUAUGGACAAGGACGCGUGCGCGAGGGUCGGAGGCCCAGAUUCGCAUUGGGACGAAGCUCUGAUCAGUGCGUCUUAUGAUGGAACACCGGAUAUCAGGACAUUAGGACGGCGCUCGAGCUAA